ACCGCGGUGCAUGCUGGGUGACACCGAGGCAGGGGUAGCAGGGUAGCAGGACCAGUAGCCGGCGGACUCAACCUUCACCUCGGCUUCACUUCCAGCCGCCCCCCCGCUGUCUCUUAGGCGGCCGCAGCGGACACCGUGUGGACAGCCCCGUCUUCAACCGAGUCAUGGCCAUCGGCGGACAUCAUCCCACGGUAACAGCAGGUCUUCGUAGCCGUCUGAGGUUCUCUGAGUAGCCGGUAGGAGACCCGGUUCAACCCUGCACAGAUUCUAAAUCUGGACUGGGUGAGCUGGAGGAGUCGUGAGAGGGACGUCAGGAUGAACCAGCUGGACUGGUUGGAUUCUCCCACAGGAACCAGCGGAGUUUAACAAUUAAAUAUUUACUUUAGUGUGAAAUGAGCGUAGCUGAGACAAAGCUGAAACGCACGGAGGAAAGGACCCUUUGAAGGUCUUUACUGGGGACGUAAGGUGUAGCCUGGAGGAGUCGUAGAUUUCCAGAGCGUCAUGGAGCCAGAUGUGAUCCGCAUGUACUCGUCCUCUCCCCCGCCGAUGGAGGACGCCGCAGAGGAAGAGGAUGACGAGUUCGGAGACUUCGGCACCUUCGCCAGCGUCCCCACUAGCGUCAGCUUCACGGAGUUCGACACCCCGACCACCUUCAACCAGUCGGAGGCGCUGGCCGCCACCUCCCCGCCUGAGCUCAUCAACAACAGAGGGGGGGUGGUGGCGUUCAACCACAGCUCCUCCAACGGCACCCACGAGCUGUCCAAGGCGAACGGCGUCCUGAGCGGCAGUCCCUCGGACAGAACUGAUAUCAAAAAGGUCCUGUCCAGCUCCGUGGACAUCUCGGCGCCGGUCGACUGUAACGGCGGAGGCACAGAGGUGCUGACUAACGGGUUCGCAACCUUUGACAUUCAGGGAAGCCCCUCCUCACAGAAUUCUGUCCACUCUCUCACAAAAGAAACGUCCACCGAGGACAUGGGCGACGUCCCAGAGGACGAUUUCGCAGACUUUGCUGCUUUUUCCAAUGCAGGAGGACACCUCAGCCAGAGGGAGGACUCGAAUAGUCCCACAGCGUCGGCCGUCCCCCACGACGAGGACUCUAACGUUGAGCGGGGAUACACCUCAGAGGAAAAUAACAGGGACACGAACAGAACCGGACCCGACACGUCCGGCGACGAGACCCCGGAUGGCCCAUGCAGCACGGACCAGGGUUCUCGACAAAGGGACUCAGUUUGCACUAACGAACCUCUAACUCCGAAUGGGCUGGACGCACCUGACAAAGACGAGUCCAAAGAGGACGUGUCUGCCAGCGCUGACGUCGACGCUGGGCUGGUGGACGAGGAAAAGGGCUCCGGGAAUGACACUGAGACGGAGACGGAGACGGAGACGUCGCUGGGGCGGCCGCUGUCGACCGACGCCCUGGAGGAGUAUGGAGAUGUGAGCACCACGGGCUCAGCGCCGUCUCCGCCCCUCCAUGGGGACACGGCAACCCCGCCCGCCGAUGAAGACGACGAGGACUUCGGGGACUUCGGAGACGCCGGCGCGUUCGGCGGUCAGGGCUUCGCAGACUUUGACCAAGCGGACGUCCAGCAGGACCAGAGUUCGGCUCCCGCUCAGGACGCGUCAGACGCCGAGCAGGACGACGACUUUGGAGACUUCAACUCCCCCAAGUUUCACGCCCGAGGAAACGAGGGGGAGGACGAAGAGAAGUUUGCCGACUUCCCAGUCAGCGACAGCUUCGGGAACUUUAGCUCGGCUGGAGGCGGCGAGGCCGAUGCCGGGUGGAGUGCCUUCGGAGAGCAGCAGCAGCAGCAGCAGCAGCAGGACGCGGAGGUGGAGGGGGAAUCCUGGGCGGCGUUCACAGAUAAGAGCGUUGCUGCUCCUGCAGAAAGGAGCGAGGAAGACGACGAGGACGAAGACUGGCAUGAAAGUGAGGUCGCUGCAGUCAGCGAGGAAACCAGCAGGACUGACAGACAAACGGCAUCCCUGUCCCUGUCUGUCCGUUUGGAGAAGCUGUUUCAGAGCAGCUUCCCUCCGACAGACGUCCCUCCACUGGAGGACGCCGUGUUGUCCCUGAAGAUCCUCCUGGAGCCUCCGGAGGAUGAGCCACAGUCUGGAACCGAGGCCCAGAGGAGGUGUGGACGUGGAGGCGUGUGGACACAGCUCCAGGACAUCCACGAGGCCUUUGGCCUCCGGUAUCAGUGGGGGGGCUCUCACUGCAACAAAGCUCUUCUCUGCUGCCUGGGCAUCGACACUAGAAACAUCCUGUUCACAGGUCAGAAGAAGCAGCCGGUCAUCGUGCCCAUGUACGCUGCUGGUCUGGGGAUGCUGGAACCCACCAAAGAGCCCGUGAAGCCCGUCUCUGCAGCAGAGAUGAUUGCUUCCAUCGGCCAAGCACCUCCGCUGGUUCCAGAGAAAAGCUCCUGUCCUCCAGACACAGUCCAGCAGGAGGCGCUCCCACCCGUCCAGUUUGACUGGAGCAGCAGUGGCCUUACGAACCCUCUGGACGCGAGUGGAGGCUCUUCUCUGUUAAACCUCGAUUUCUUUGGUCCAGUAGAAGAUUCAGGCUCCAGCUCCUCCUCCAUCCCAGGCGUCGACCCCGAGCUCUUUGAGUUGACGACCGCCAAGAUGGACGCUGGCGGCUCCGGCAGCCGUGUCGCCGACGCCUUCGCCCGCCUGAUGUCCACCAUGGAGAAGACCAGCACCUCCACCAGGAAGCCGAGGAAAGACGAGAAUCUGAGUGAGGAGGCGUCCAAAGUGAUCGCGGCGCUGCCCGACUUGUCCUUCAUGCAGGCUAAGGUGUUGAUGUUCCCCGCUACGCUAACGCCGCUCGGCUCGCAGUCCACAUCUGACUGAAGCCCCUCCCCCUCCUUCCACUGACUCCACCCUUUUUUUUCCAUACAUAUAUGUUAAAAUUAACAUUUUUUUUUUGUUCUUUUUUCAGUUUUUCUAAAUAAAGCGAAGCAUUUAUGAUCAGGGGAAGCAGCUCGGCGUUAACAGGAUAAAUAAUUAAUUUACAGAGGAAGCUUUAGAAGAGUCACCGUGUAUAUAAUCAGGGAUUUAACGUUUAUUUUCCCUUUUAACCUAAUGAUUUUUCGUCUGUGUUGGUGGGUUCAUGUCUGUGAAGGAAACACUGGCUGAAGCUCUUUGAAUCAAACUGAAGUGGAAAAUAAAUAAGACAAUUAAUACAUUUAUAGACAUAUAUAAAAUCUCUCUAUUAUAUAUUUAUCGACUUGAAACCACACUGCCUGCAAAAUCCAGCUGAAUGUUUGGUCCCGUCGCGUUUGAAGGCCUUAGUUUUCACUAAGCAGAUGUUUAGCCGGUUUUCUUUAACCUGCAGCCUCAUCCUGUCUUUGUCUGUUUGUCAUUUAUGCUUUUUAACAGAAGUUCUGACCCCAGCAUUGCUGCAGCUUAUUUUUUAUUUUCUUUGUUCUGAGGAAACCGAACAAACGCUGGUGAAUCCAGUGGGUCAGUGUUGUGUUUCCUCCUGUCUGUGUUGUUGUUUUGGGGGUAAAAACGGGACGUUUAGCUUAAAACCACUGAAAGUUUCUGAGCAGUGAAGAUCGACUCACAUCAGAAGGGAAUCAAGGGACCAAUUUCUGCUUCCAUGCGUUCACCGUUCCUAACAUGAAGUUUUAUUUUCUUGUUGCCGCUCGUUCUUUUUAUUGUUGUUGCUCAUACUACUGUCGGGCCCCGUCUCCCAGGAGGAUUUUGCACAUUGUAAAGAUGAAAUGGAUGUAAUCAUAGUUCACUGUGGCUUUAGACUGUGUACAGUUAAACUAUGGACUGUAAAAUGUACGGGAAAAUUCCUAUGGAAAAAACUGAAUCACUUGAAGAGCCUGUCAAAAGGUUAUCGUGCAUGCCCGGGUUCUUUUCAGACUACAAGUGUGUAAAUUUUACUUUUAGUGUACACAGGAAAUUAAAAUAAUUUAAGAGAAAAA